AUGGCGGUCAGCGAGAUCGCUCGUGUUGCUGUGAAACCCGGCAUAAAUAUUAUCAACCCAGAAACACCGGAUGGCCGCAUUCUAGGUAGCAUUUUGAGAGGCGUGACUACACUGGCGGGAGGCCCUCAAAAGGUCUUUUGGGGUUUGGAAGUUCUAAAUCCUUCAAUGCUAUGGAUUUUGUUCGACUGGGAAUCUGUUGAACAACAGGAAGACUUUAAACUGUCUGCACCGGACGCUCUAAAAGAAUUCUCGAAAAUAUGUCUGUACUCAGAGUUCAUCACCAAUAUCAAUCUUUCGCCCUCCUCGGAUGUCCUCUGUGGUCCCAUCACUGAGCUCAUGAUGAUUCACGUCUCCAAGAACUUGUCACAAAGCGGGAAGGAAGAAGCAUCAGAAAAGACCAUUCACAUUACAAGUGAAUGUUUUGGAAAUUCCCAGCAUGUUAACAAAUUGGCUCAUGGGUGGAUGGUACAACAGAAUGUGCCUGGGCAGCGACUGAUGAUGGAUGCUGGCGGUGUCUUUAUGGUCUUCAUUAGCUGGGCAGGGUAUAUGAAGCAAAAGACAUUCCAUGAGACUCCAGACUAUCAGGAAACUGUCAAGACUAUACGUACUCUGAAAGGGAUAAUUGGUUUCCAAAGUCAGAGUGUUAACUUUUCUUCUACCAAAAGAUUAGAGGAACAGGGGCAGUAA